GCAACAGAGAAGGCAUCCAUCUCAUUGUACUCACACCUUUACCGUCAUUAGUAUUUUAGAAAGAUUUUAAAUUUUGCCUGAUACUGGCUUCGCGGCUGAUUACAAUACAGUAUUCUGGCUUCAUCUACGUGAUAAGCACAAUGUAUUUUGAGUGGGUUCUCUCUCAAUAUGUUAAUAAAUCCAGGCUACAGAACUACCACAACUGAGCAAAGAAAGCUUCCCUUAAAUCACCCUCAUCUUUUUAGAUCGGCAAAAAAAAAUUUAAUUAUCUGCGGCCUUUAGAGUAAAAUGCGAUAAAGCUGACCAAGAAGCUUAAUUUCAGACAAGGACUGCAUGAUUAAACCCGGCAAGUAAACUUGUCUUCACAUGGAAACAAAUGGAAAUACGCAAGAUAAUCUUCGCUUGAAAAAAGAUCGUUUGAGAUGAAGGUAUGUCAAAAGGUAGAACAUUGGAGGAAAAUUAACACACCUAAAGAGAGAGGAAAAAAAGAAGCAAAAUCAACAAAGACAGACGGCGUGUUUCAAACACUUGGCAACCAAAGUUGACACCGUCUUAAAAGGGAACACGUAAAAAGUUGCCUGUUUGAGCAAACCUUACAAGCAUUUGGUUCACUCUAGAUCAGAGUAACAAGGGAAACGUCGAUCGAAAAGAUACAGAAAAAUAAACGACACGAACAACGAAAAUCACUGGUCAAAAGCGGCAUCGAGAAGACAGGAACAAGGAAAAUGGCUAACCAAUCAAAUCCAAGUAUGGUUCGCCCCCCUCCCCUGAUUGAUAAUGAAACUUUCAAAAGAGAGGCAGUUAUCACAUGGUGUGCCUUUUACGUCCAAAUUGCUUUCCUUGCAGUCUUUGGCAAUGGACUAGUUGUGGCAUCCUUCAUUCGGUACUCGCGACUACGUACGAUAACAAAUUACUUCGUGGCCAGCCUCGCUGUAGCAGAUAUCUUGGUCGGCCUCGUCUCCAUACCCAUAUGGAUCUCAAUGCUACUUUAUUCAACAGGAGGUAAAACGUUAGGGAACAUUUACUACAUCCUUGACAUCUUUGCCGGUACCUGCUCCAUUCUGCAUCUCGUGACCAUCAGCUUAGAGCGCUUCUUUGCUGUGGUUUAUCCAAUUCGUCGCCGAAACACCUCACCCAAAGUCUACUAUAUAUUUUUGGUGGCCGUGUGGAUUAUUCCAGCCGCAGCAUCUCUAUCUGCACUGGAACUAAGGGAAAUCAACCGCAAAGCUAAUAUGAUGUUUCUUUUCAUGGGAUUCUUCGUAAUUCCAUUGUUGGUCAUUCUGUUCACUUACGCAAAGAUUUGGCUCACGGCCAGGAAUCGAAUACAGCCGGCUCGGGACAGUUCACGAUCGAUAAAACGUGACAUGCGUAUUGCAGUUACCAUUGCGUUAGUUAUUGGCUUUUUCGUAAUUGCCUGGUUACCUUUCUUUACAGUUCAGUUACUAAUAGUGUUUUGCGAGUCAUGCAAACCCAGAAUUUACAACACCGACCUGCUUUUGUUCGUAAAGUAUAUGCAUUACAGCAAUUCAGCGAUCAAUCCUAUUGUCUACGCUGUGAAAAUCCCAGAGUUCCGUCGAGCCUUCAAGCAGUUAGUUUGCUGCUGUGAUAGCGGAACCCCAUCCGUCACAGAAAUUGUAUCAGGAACAGACAUGCGUGUCGCCUCACAUACCUCUCACGAAAGAGCUUUGUCGCAUUAAAAAUAUAAACAUUUCAAUACAAAGAUUCCAUAUCCCAAGUUUGUGGUCAAUUGGCAGGAAUAUAAUUCAGAUAUUUUCAAAGAUUGAGAAAUACAACAAUGAAUAUUUGAGUAGUUUCAGUUUAAAAUAAAUUUCCCAUGAGCCAAGAAACUAAAAGAGCCCGCCACAUCAUCGAUACAUUUCUGCUCAUUGAGAUUCGUUCCGAACUCCAUCGGAUAAUAAUUAAGAGGUGAUAUCGUAUGGGUGAAAUUGCUGAUAAGUAAUGUAAUGACCAUGUUUACCAUUCAUUUAUUGGAGAAAACUUCGUCAUCUAUUCUCAGCUUUUGAAAGAGCGGAAAAAUUAACUUGCAGCUGUAAAUCACCUCUCGAAAAUUUUUUAAAGAACCUACUCGUUAAGCAGAAAUGCUUUCUCACGGGAAAAAUGAUAAAAGAUAAGCAAACGCAGCAGCGGAAAAUGUUCGCUUGCAGGUUGAUUUGAAAGGCUCCCUUGCUCUACCCAUUGUGGAAAAAUCAAGACCUCCAUGAAUACAAUGAGGGGCGAACUUUGAAGGUAAAAUUUUGCAAAUGUAACUUCAAAUGUUGUCAAUAACACUAGUAAAUCAAUAAAAUUAAUUUUGAAA